GAGAAAGGAGGGAAGGAAAGAAAGAAGGAAGGAGAAAGAGAAGGAGUGAUAGGGAGAGAGAGAGAAAGGAGGGAAGCAGAGAAAGAAGGAAGGAAAGAAAGAGAGAAGGAGUGAUAGGGAGAGAGAAGGAGAGAGAAAGGAGGGAAGGAGAGCCAGAGAAAGAGAGAAGAUAAAAAAGGAGGGAGAGAAGGAGAGGGAGAGAAAGAGCGACGUGGUGUUUGAGUCCUUCUUCUCUUCGGGGCCUCGGUCCCCUCUCUCUCGUUCUCUCGCUCGUUCUCUCUCUCGCUCGUUCUCUCGCUCCCUGCCAGGCGGUCCGGCGCCGGGAGGGAGCGCUGCCGCCUCUCCGGUGGCGGCGAAAGAGAGAGAAGAAAGAGAGGAGAGAGACAGAGAGAGAGAGAGGGGGAGAAGAGAGAGCUGUCGGCGGAGGGAAGGUCUCCUCUUCCCGUCCCUUCCUUUCCCUUCCUUCCUUCCUUCCCUGCCCGCGCUCCGUCCGCCCUUCCUCGUUCUUUCUUCCUCUUUCUCUCUCUCUCUCUGCCUCCCGUCUGCCAGCAUGAGCCUCCCGGACCCCCCUCUCCCUCCUCCUCCUCCUCCUCUUCUCCGCGCCCCUCCUGCCCCCCUCCCCUCGGCCUUCCUCCUCCUCCGCUCCUCCUCCUCCUCCUCCUCCUCUUCCCGGGAGCCGGAGGUGUAGAGCCGCGCCUCGCCCGCUCAGGAUGCGGCGGACCUGCCGGGUCCCGCGACCGAGGCUCCUGGACCGAAGCGGGUCCUCUUCCUCCUCCUCUUCCUCUUCUUCCUCCUCUUCUUCCUCCUUCUCUUCGGGCUUCUCCUCCUCUUCCUCGGGGCUCUUCGUGGCGCUGCUCUGGCUCCAGGCGGCCCCCUGCCUCGCCAUGCCCCAUGUCAUCCGCAUCGGAGGCAUCUUUGAAUAUGCGGAUGGACCCAAUGCCCAGGUCAUGAAUGCGGAGGAGCAAGCCUUCCGCUUCUCCGCCAACAUCAUCAACAGGAACAGGACCCUGCUCCCCAACACCACCCUCACCUACGACAUCCAGAGGAUACACUUCCAUGACAGCUUCGAAGCCACCAAGAAAGCCUGCGACCAGCUUGCCCUCGGGGUGGUUGCCAUCUUCGGCCCUUCUCAGGGCUCCUGCACCAACGCCGUGCAGUCCAUCUGCAACGCCUUGGAGGUGCCCCACAUCCAGCUCCGGUGGAAGCACCACCCCUUAGACAACAAGGACACCUUCUACGUCAACCUUUACCCGGACUACGCCUCCCUCAGCCACGCCAUCCUGGACUUGGUCCAGUACUUGAAGUGGAGGUCGGCCACUGUGGUCUACGACGACAGCACAGGCCUCAUCCGGCUGCAAGAGCUGAUUAUGGCCCCCUCCAGAUACAACAUCCGCUUGAAGAUCCGCCAGCUGCCCCUCGACACGGACGACAUGCGGCCCUUGCUGAAGGAGAUGAAGCGCGGGAGGGAGUUCCGGAUCAUCUUCGACUGCACCCACACCAUGGCCGUGCACAUCCUCAAGCAGGCCAUGGCGAUGGGGAUGAUGACGGAAUACUACCACUUCAUCUUCACCACUUUGGAUCUUUAUGCGUUGGAUCUGGAACAGUACCGCUACUCCGGGGUCAACCUGACAGGCUUCCGUAUCCUCAACGUGGAGAACCCUCAUGUUUCCAACAUCAUCGACAAGUGGUCCAUGGAGCGGUUGCAGACGGCUCCCAAACCGGAGCCGGGGCUGAUUUCAGGGAUUAUGAUGACAGAUGCUGCCCUGUUGUACGACGCCGUCCACAUCGUCUCUGUGUGCUACCAGCGGGCUCCCCAGAUGACUGUCAACUCUCUCCAGUGCCAUCGGCACAAGGCCUGGCGCUUUGGCGGGCGCUUCAUGAACUUCAUCAAAGAGGCCCAAUGGGAAGGCUUAACAGGACGCAUCGUCUUCAACAAAACCAGUGGCCUGAGGACCGAUUUUGACUUGGACAUCAUCAGCCUCAAGGAAGAGGGGCUAGAAAAGGUGGGGGUCUGGAGCCCAUCGGAGGGACUGAACAUCACCGAAGUCUCGCGACGGCAAGGUCCCAAUGUAACGGAUUCCUUGACCAACCGAUCACUCAUUGUCACCACAGUCCUAGAAGAGCCUUUCGUCAUGUUCACCCGGUCAGACACCGUCCUCUCCGGGAACAAGCGCUUCGAAGGCUACUGCGUCGACCUCCUGGCCGAAGUGGCCCGGAUUCUGGGCUUUUCUUACGAGAUCCGGCUGGUGGACGAUGGGAAGUACGGGGCGCAGGACGAGAAGGGACAGUGGAACGGCAUGAUCAGGGAACUGAUCGAUCAUAAAGCUGACCUAGCGGUGGCCCCGCUCACCAUCACCCAUGUCCGGGAGAAGGCCAUUGACUUCUCCAAGCCCUUCAUGACGCUGGGCAUCAGCAUCCUCUACCGCAAGGCCAAUGGGACCAGCCCCAGCGUUUUCUCUUUCCUGAACCCGCUCUCGCCGGACAUUUGGAUGUACAUCCUCUUGGCCUACCUGGGCGUUAGUUGCGUGCUCUUCGUCAUUGCCAGGUUCAGCCCUUACGAAUGGUACGAUGCCCACCCGUGCAACCCGGGCUCGGACAUUGUGGAGAACAACUUCACCCUCCUCAACAGUUUCUGGUUCGGCAUGGGGUCCCUGAUGCAACAAGGUUCGGAGCUGAUGCCAAAGGCGCUCUCCACCCGCAUCAUUGGCGGGAUCUGGUGGUUCUUCACCCUCAUCAUCAUCUCCUCCUAUACAGCCAACCUGGCCGCCUUCUUGACUGUCGAGCGCAUGGAGUCCCCCAUCGACUCAGCCGAUGACUUGGCCAAGCAGACCAAGAUUGAAUAUGGCGCCGUGAAGGAUGGGGCCACCAUGACCUUCUUCAAGAAGUCCAAAAUCUCCACGUUUGAGAAGAUGUGGGCCUUCAUGAGCAGCAAGUCCUCUUCCCUGGUGAAGAACAAUGAGGAGGGCAUCCAACGCACACUCACCUCCGACUACGCCCUGCUGAUGGAGUCCACCACCAUCGAGUACAUCACCCAGAGGAACUGUAACCUGACCCAGAUCGGAGGACUGAUCGACACCAAAGGCUACGGGAUCGGCACCCCCAUGGGCUCUCCCUACCGAGACAAGAUCACCAUUGCCAUCCUCCAGCUUCAGGAAGAGGCCAAGCUACAUGCCUUGAAGGACAAAUGGUGGAGAAGUAACGGCUGCCCAGAGGAAGAGAACAAGGAGGCCAGUGCCCUCGGAAUCCAGAACAUUGGGGGGCUCUUCAUUGUCUUGGCAGCCGGCCUGGUCCUCUCUAUCUUUGUAGCCACCGUUGAGUUUAUCUACAAGCUGCGGAAAACUGCAGAACGCGAACAGCGCUCCUUCUGCAGUGCCAUGGCGGACGAGAUCCGGCUGUCACUCACUUGUCACCGGCGCGUGAAACACAAGCCCCAGCCUCCAGUCAUGGUCAAGACAGAUGCCGUGAUCAACAUGCACACCUUCAAUGACCGGAGACUCCCCGGCAAGGACAACAUGACCUGUAACACGGGUAUGACCCCCGUGUUUCCAUAGCAGAACAUGGGGUGCAGACUGAGGGUGGGGGGGCCCGAGCUGGAUACGGGCGGGAGACCAAGGAAAAAGAAGGCCCGUCCAUAUUCCAGAAGGAGAGAAAGAGCCAAGCUUGGGGUUUCCUUGGAUACAACGCCAGCCAUUGUUCUGUGAGGACUUGAGACUACGAACCGUGUCGUCUCCGUUUUGGGAUUAUCUUCACCUGCCUGGUUUUCGAAGCCAAGCUUGAAGCAUUUUGGCUUUCGGAGCCUCCAACACGUCCUCCUCUCUCACUCAAGAGAUGCCACAAAGUGUUGAUGUUUACAUAUCAAACAACUGGAAGAAACCAAACAUGGUGGGAGGAGGGGAGGGCUGGCUGGUCUGGCAUGGAGAUGACUAGCCAAGUCCUGGAUCCAAGGCUUUCUUUCGAAGUAUGGCAAUAAACAAAAUGACCUUUGCUGUGGGGCCAGAUUCUGGACUGGAUCCCACCAGCCAUGGGUCUGUGGUGAUGGAGUGGGAGGGGAGGGCCAAAGGAGGACCUCUUGUCAAAGCCACAGCCUCCUCGAAGAGGUGCCAAACUGUGACCUGAUACCUCAGUGCUCUUCUGAACCUCAGCUUCUCUGGCAGCUCCUCAACAGGGGCUCCGCCGGCCCACUCCCUUCUGGCAGAACGAGUGGGAAGAAGGCCAUGGAAAUCCCUCUUUCUGAGCAGAAGAGACAAGAUGAGUGGACAGGGAAGGGAAGCCAAGGGGGUGGGUUGUGAGGGUAUCAAUAUCUCCUCUGCUUCGUGGUGGUGGUGGUUCCAAGAAGGGAUCGAUCAUGAGGCCAUUGCUCUUGGCAUAGGUUGGCCUCAUGGGCUCCUACUUGCAGAUCAUACAAGAUCAGGACCCUGAGGGAAGAAGGGAGUAUGGGAAACUGAGGGAAAGUUAGUGGUGGUAUGGGUGGGCAAAGGGGUGUCAUGGGAAGUGGGCAAAAUUGAUAAGGGCAACAGGGGGUGACAUUCCAUGCAAUGGGAUUAAGGCUACCCAAGGCUAGAAGUGAUCGUAUCUCUUGGUAUUCAUCUCUCGAUAUUCAUCUGGCACUGGAAGUGGAAAUCUCUGCCUAGGUACUCUAAAGCCCAUCCACCUGGAGUUGACAAGCUUGAGUGCAGGACUGGAGCCUCAAUCACCUCCCAUUAAAAACCAUUUCAUUGCAAUUGGGGAAGGUGUGAUGCAAUGAAUGCCCCCUUCCCUCCUGAA